CCAGAUGCAACAUGGACCGUUACUGGCAGAGUGGAGUCUACUGGUGUGAGUCUGAAACAGGACAGUUCAGCAAUGCAGUCAACAUCACUAUACAGUACGGUGAUAUUAUCCUGGUGAGCCCUGUCCAUCCUGUUACUGAGGGAGAUUCUGUCACUCUUGGCUGCAAAUUGAGGACAGAAAAAGUUCCUUAUAAUGUGGAUUUCUACAAAAAUGACAAACUCAUCCAAAAUGUUACUGGAGGGGAGCUGACUAUCUCUGCAGUGUCAAAGUCUGAUGAAGGCUUUUAUAAAUGUAAAGGAAAAGAUUCACCACAAGGUUUGCAGAGUUUGACGUCACCAGAGAGUUGGAUGUCAGUAAAAUCAGCGCCCAGGCUUGAAGGAAGCUCUUCAUUUCCUGUGCUGUUGAUUGUUGGGCCGGUUUGUGGAGUUUUACUGAUUCUUCUCCUGCUGCUGUUUCUGUAUCUCUACAGAAAGUCAAAAGAUUCAUGCUUUAUGAGGUCUCAGAGCAGCAGUCGGGGCCCUGCUACAGACCACAUGAUCAACCAGGAUGAAACUCAGCUCAAAGAAUAUGCUCCUCCUCUCCAUGGUGAAUCCAACGAUGUCACAUAUUCUGUGGUUGAGCUCAAAAACAUCACUAAAAAGGGGAACAAAAAAGAGAAGCCAGAGGAGAACGCAGUUUACUCAGAUGUGAAGAUAAGAUCAGCUACAGACGACAAUGUGAUGUAUGCCCAGGUGAACUUUCACAGUAAAGCCAAGAGAGACAAAGAUCAAUAGAGAGAUCUGCAUCAACAAAACCAGCAGAAUGGAUGACAACAUGAAGAACUGCAGUAGUGUUUAACUCAAUGACAGAAAAGGGGUCUCUUAAAGGAAAUGGCCACUUUGAAAAUACAGACAGUACUUACUGACCCUCAUGCCAACAAGAAG